AUGGGUGAUUCUACACUAGUCGUCUCACUUCUCAAUGAUGAGGCUGCGCAGUGGAACAGAGACUUGAUGUUUAAAUUCGAGGCUGCUCUUCAACAAGAUCCAGCGGCGGAUCUGAUGUUCAUGUUUUCCGAUUCAUACCAGCGUGAACACUACAAUACUCAACAUCACCCGCUCUCGGACGACCCUGAAGUCAAUUUACUAUCCGCAAUUCCUAAGAAUUAUACCCGCAGCAUCACACUGGCGACUGGACCAAAGGUUGAGCCAAACAAAGACAAAGUUUGUUCAGAAACUAACGAUCAGCCUGACUUCCGAGAUCGUCUGGAACUUGUUACCAGUGCUGAUAUUGUCUUUCCAUUGUCUGAAAGUGUGACUUCUUUGCUUUCCCAAUAUUCAGGGACGCCUGUGGGUGAGUCUAGAGACCCAAAGAAAUUGCUCACGGCAUCCUUGAAACAGUUCCUUUGGGAUUCGGUGAAACUAUGGGAAAGUCAUAUUAGAGGCAUAGUAGUCAAAUGUAACAACGACAUCGUCGCCAAGGUGAUUAACGGAAACACUGACCAUACGGAAUACACAAGCCUUCAAUACCUUGCAAAGGAAGCACCCGACAUUCCCGUUCCAAGACCUCAUGGGCUUAUUGCGCUUGGGCCCUUUCGUGUCAUUUUCAUGUCAUACAUAAUAGAUAUGACACUGGCCCAAGCAUGGCCUAACAUGUCCCACGAGAACAAACUAUCUAUACAGAGCGAGCUCGAUGUCAUUUUCUACCGACUCAGAACACUUCGAAAAAACGAUGGAAGUGUACUCGGAGGAGUUUGUGGAGAAGGGGUCAAGGAGCUUAAUGUCGAUGAAUGCGCGCUUUUCAAAGACAUCACCACGACCGCAUAA